UUGGUCUCUCAAUUCUCGUAUUGCAAAUGGGAAGCUUAUUAUGAUAAAAUGAUGCCCCUUUUUGGGUGCUGGUGAAUUAUGGUUGCGAGGUUAUCAACUAAGGUAUUGAACAUUUGCAUAGCAUCAAUGUGCAAAGCCAAGCAAGUAGUGAAAGCUGAAGCUGUGAUAAUCAACGGCGUAAGAUUGGGCGUGCUCCCUGAUGUGGUCACAUACAACACUCUAAUAGAUGCGUAUUGUCGUUUGGAUUGCGUCGACACAGGCUAUUCUGUUCUCAAUCGAAUGAAUGAGGCAGAGAUACCCCCUGAUAUUAUUUCUUACAAUUCUUUAAUCUCUGGGGCUGCCAAGAAAUGCUUGUUGUCGAGUGCCUUGGACCUAUUCGACGAAAUACUUCGAGCAGGUAUACACCCUGAUGCUUGGAGCUAUAACAUUUUGAUUAAUUGUUUGUUCAAGCUUGGGAAACCAGAUGAGGCGAAUCGUAUUUUUUUGGAGAUGGCGCUUAGUGAGCUGCAUCCUUGUUCGGCUACAUAUAACAUCAUGAUUAAUGGGCUGUGUAAGAAUGGAUAUGUUAACAAUGCUAUUAUGUUGUUCAGGAACUUGCAACGGCACAGAUUCAUUCCUGAGGUGUUGACAUACAACACACUUAUUAAUGGACUAAGCAAGGCUCGACGAACGGGGACAGCUAGGAGGAUUCUUAGGGAGUUUAAGGAAGCAGGUUAUGAACCUAACUGUAUUACCUACACAACGGUUAUGAAGUGUUGCUUCCAGUGUAGGCAGUUUGACGAAGCGUUAGAGACCUUGCAUGAGAUGAGGAGUAAAGGGUACACUUUCGAUGGAUAUGCAUACUGCACAGUGAUUGCUGCACUGAUAAAGAUCGGGCGGAUUGAAGAGGCAGAUGAAAUCGUCAUGCUGAUGCAGCAUAGUGGUAUUCAACCAGAUUUAGUGUCUUAUAAUACAUUGAUAAAUCUUUACUGCAGACAAGGAAGAUUAGAUGAUGCCAUGAAGUUACUUGGCAAGAUAGAGAAAGAAGGUCUGGAAUGCGAUCAAUAUACACACACUAUUAUAAUUAAUGGAUUGUGCAAGGCAGGCAACUUUUUAGGUGCAAAACAGCAUUUGAUUUAUAUGAACUCACUGGGGUUUGGUUACAAUUUGGUUGCGCAUAACUGUAUUCUUCAUGGAUUGGGUAAAGCAGGUCAUAUUGAUCAUGCAAUGAAAUGGUUCGAAUCGAUGGAAGUUAAAGACUCUUUCACGUAUACCAUCAUAGUGCACAACCUUUGUAGGGCUAGAAGGUUCCUUUGUGCCUCCAAGAUCAUGGUUUUGUGUCUAAAUUCUGGGUUUCGGAUCUUAAGGGCUACUCAGAGAGCUGUUAUUGAUGGUCUUUGUAGUAUAGGAUAUACAAAUAAAGUCAGGAAACUCAAGCUUAAACUACGAGUGAUUCGACUAUUACAUGAUUAA